AUGCAGGAAAUAGAACGCAUAAUACCUAUUACAUUUCUCUGUAAAUCUGAUUUAAAGCGUGAUGGAAAACUAUAUUGCACUGAACCUUGUUAUAAUACGCUGUUUGGACCGAGAGGCUAUGGUGCGCACGAUGGUAAACCCUAUUGUCAGAUUCCAUGUUACCAAGCCCUGUUUGGACCCAAAGGUUACGGAUCAGUGGCCAGCAGUCACAUCUACAAAUAG